AAAGAGGGGGGGAAAAGAGGAUCCGUCAUCAAUUAGUAUUUAUGAGAUAAUAAAAUAGGACGAUUUUUAUUGCUCCCUAAACCUUUUUUUUUUUCAUCUUUCCCUUCCUCCUUUUUCCGUAAAGUGACCCAGCACAACUAAACACCCAAGUGAGGGUACAUUGAAAAGAGUGAGAGAAAAAGAAAAAAAAAAAAGAGAAACAAACAAAUGAGAAAAAGUCACGUCAUGUUUCAUACAAAGGAUAUAAGCUAUCUUUCUUUUUCUCUCUUUCUCUUUGUUAUCUUCCUUUUUUCAUUAUUAUCAAUAUGUCUCACUCUAAUUCACCACACCAUCAUCCAGCUCAUACAUCUGAGGUGCGCGACCCAAUCAUGGAAGAUGACCAUUUCUCGCUUCGUUAUGGCAACCCUAUUCAAGUGAUUCAUGAUAUUGCUCCACAUAAAAUUGAUACAUUCGAGCCUUCCAAGGAGCAUGUCUCUGGUGCUUUGGCUGAAUCCUUUGGAGAAAGAGAGAAAAAGAAACGUGUCCCAUUAGCGAAAAACAGUUCUAGCUUUCUGCGCGAUGCUACUCUUUACUCGGAAUAUAAGCAUAAUAAGGAUGGUUCUAUCACCGAAAUUGAUCAUGACAAAUAAUAAUAAACGUGUGUUCUUUUAUACUUUUUUCUUUAAGGGAAGAUCUAAUUACGAUGCAUAUUCCUUUCUCUUUUUCUUUUUUUAUUUCUUCUUUCUUUU